CCAAUGUAUUAGGAUCCACGUCAUAGGUUCCUGUUCUCCGACACAGGAGUCUGUUGCCACUGCCAAAAAUUGGCUUCUAGGAGUCCCUCCAGCAGGGCUACAAGACCACAGCGCCCUACCCUGGAGGUAAGCUAGACAAACAUGUUUACAAUCAAGCAGGUAAAGUCCGCUGCCCCAGUGUCCAGCAGCGAGCUCACAGACCAGACUGUCUGCUGAACUGGCUUUGCCCCGUCACGGACCCAAGGACAGAAACAGCUCCCCAAGAGCUCAACUUCCAGACAAAUCCCACAUACUCCAGUCUGAUACCACAGGGCAGGGGCCUGUGAUCAGCCCUAGCACCCCAAGAAGGGGUGGAGAGACUUGUUUACAAAAGCCCAGUGAGAGCACGGGCGCCCUGUCCCGGAGCUGUCUAGAAGCGCCCACGGCUUGAGCCCACUGAAACCCCGCUCACUCCUCUGGGUAAGGCUUCUAGGGUGCUCUGGUCCACAAGCGAAACCUGGCAGGUCACAGGCUGACCGGCAGGAAUUAGAAUGGACCGUGAAAAUGAAAGUCCAGGACAGAACCUCACCCUGGGCAAUGACGUCCUCGAUGUUCUUUCCGUUCAGCUCACUGAUGACCUAAAAGAGAGGAGUGGCCUAGUUUACGAGAAGCCUACCAUCACACCCCUGGACCCAGCACAGCCGUCACGACCGACGCAGGACAGCCACCACCGCAAAGGCGAAAGGCAGUUCCGGGCCGCCUUCUUGUAUACAGUGGGGGCUCCCAGGAUGCCACGCGGCGCCUACAGCUCCCACCAUGCAGCGCAGCCUUCACGCCCAGGACGCAUCUCUGCGGGAGAGGCUGACGCGGCCGGCAAACUACGAGUCCCAUGGUGCAUGGCUAUCGGAAGCGCGGUUUCGCUGCUGCCUGCGCGGGCCACACGUGGCCCGGGCGCUAUUGCACUGGUCCAGCCCGCUGCCCUUCCGGGUCUCAGGUGGUUCCCAGACGCGGGAUCAGGAGUUCGCUGUCCGGCCCGCCCAGUGGAGUGGGCGAGCUGCUCCGCGCGCUCACACCGCCGAACCGAGCCGCUGCUUCCCCCCAGCGCCUUGGUGGGAGCUCCGGCCGAAGCUGGGAGGCCCUGUCACCGCCGCCCCGAGGAGCGGAGCCAGGAGUGCCGAAGCCCGCGUGACUCCCCCCCCCACCCCCUGCCCUGGCCUUGUCGGCUCGGGACAGAUCUCAGGGUCCACACGGACGUAGCACACGUCACUCAUUCACUCUCCGUGUCAGGAACCCUGCUGCAGGCUGGCGUCAGUCCUGAGAGGGAACAGGCCCGGUUCUGCCUCCGCAGAACUCAGGUUCUAGUGCGCGGACACGCAAAGUAAAUAAACGAGGCAGUCCCAGGCUGACACUGUCACGGGGCUGAAGGAUGAGAAGGAGCCGGCCCUGCGAAGAUGUGGGGCGAGCAUCAGCCCCCAGGGGUCAGAUGCAAAGGCCCAACUAAGGUGGCCGGAGAUGGGUUCAGAGGCAGCAGCCAGCCCAUGCGGGCUCUGACAGCAGGUGAACCCGCGUGUUAGCGCCAAGCACUGGUUUGUUAACGCAAGCCACACGGUACCCUUAUCGUACAGAUGAAGUCAGACAUAGAAAGGUUUUCUUGCUCGGGGUCACACAGCUGCGGUAAAGUGGGGAAACCGUUUGGGAAGGAUGGGACUUUACUGCAAUCACACAAGAAAGUGUUGUGAUUGUUUUUAUUUAAAUUUUUAAAUGGUAAAAUAAUACAUAACGUAAAACUUACCAUUUUAACCAUGCAAUUUAGGGACACUAGGUGCAUUGACAUUGUUGUGCAAUCAUCACCCCCAUUUAGCUCCAGAACUUCUCAAACUGAACUCCAUACACAUUAAACAAUAGCUCCCCAUUCCCCUCCCCCAGCCCCCACCAUUUUACAUUCCGUUUCUAUGUAUUUGACUGCUCUAGAGACUUUACAGAAGUGGAGUCAUACAGCAUUUGUCCUUUUGUGUCUGGCUUGUUUCUUUAGAGUAAUGCUCUCAAGGUUCAUCUACAUUAUAGCAUGUGUCAGGAUUUCAUUUCUUUUUAAGACUAAAUAAUGUUCCUGUGAUUGGUUUUUUGUUUGUUUGUUUUAAAUUCUUCUGGCAGCUAUGUGGAAACUGAAGGGGGGAUAGGAACUGGGGAGAAUGGAGGCCUGGUGGGAACUGCCCAUCCGGGUAGGAGGGAUGGCGGUAGCUGGCGAGGGUGGAGGAAAGAGGGUGCACACGGUAUCAUUUGGGGCAGAACAGGCAGAAGCAGAUGCGUUCAUGUGUCCGUUUAUAGGCAUCGACUGUGCGGGGUGAGGAAGCGGGAGUGGGGAAGGUUCUCUUGAGAGUCAGACCUGGUUUGAGGUCCUUGGCUUUGGCACUCACCAGCUAGUGGCCUUGGGCAACAUCUGAUCUCUCGGAGCUGCCUUUUCCUUCCUUGUGAGAUGCGGAAAGAUAGGAGGCAGCAUGUGAGGAAGUCCACUGCUGGGGGCAUGUGCCCCACAGUGAUCACCCUAAAAGGAGGGCCAUUGCAGCUGGGGCCCAGGCUCUGCAGGGCUUGAGAGGAGGCCUUUGGGGCUGGCUGGGGCCAUUCUCAGAGCUGUCCUCUGGCAGGAGGUGGGUGGGGCAGCAGCUUCGAUCAGCACCCGAUACCCCCUGCAGCCAGAGAUCGCACUAGCUCAUUUCAGCAUGGGGCCGGGAAUGCACAGCCCUAGAGCUGAGCGGGCCCAGGGCCCGAGAGAACCUCAAAGGUUGGGUUUGGUGGCGCGCAACGCGGGCCCUCCCACGGAAGGCUGGACGGCAGAGGCACGCAGGCCUACAGGAAGCUGAGUGCAGC